AUGGCAACAGAGAAGAGAGGCUUUAUUGCAUUCUUCGCAACCUAUCGGCCACCGGUUCCGCUGGACAUAUACUCGUGCCCACUGGACCCUCCACCCAAGUCCAUUGCCGAUGAGAUUCACUGGACUGAUCCUAAGGAAUUAGAGUCCGACAACUACAACUACAACGGCCAACAGAUUCCACCUGCGGCUCUCAAGACGAUUCUCAACCGCCCGAAAUUGGUUUCACUUGGCCUUUACAAAGACGCUGAUGUUGAUUCAGGUCGUCUUUCGGGCUUUCUUUUCGUCUCCGAACGAGGCGACUACGAGCUCGAAACGCUUCACAUAGCCCUCCGCUUCAAUGACAGUACACAACCCAAAGUCAAAGUCUUCAGUUUGGCUGAUAUUUACGGCACAACGACAUUCGGUGGCGUUCGUAUGGAAGACAGCGGUUGCGUUGCCGGUGAUUAUCUCAUCUAUGUCACCACCAAGGACCCCGCGCCUAAACGUCGUCAACCCUGGACUGCCGUUUAUAAAACCAAUCUUAACACCGGAGAAACUGAACGUCUCACCCCCCCAGGGGAAGCUGAUUUAAGCCCCUCCGUGUCACCAUCCGGAAGGAAGAUAGCGGUGGCGUCCUUCGAGGGAAAGGACCGCGGAUGGGAUGGCGAGAUCGAAAAUCUAGAGACUAACAUUUAUGUGUUUGACAUUGACAAUCCCAUUCAAACUCGCUACAAGGUUGUAACGGAUGGUGGGUGGCCAACAUGGGGAAGUGAAGACGUCCUAUUUUUCCAUCGCAAGGUUGGGGACUAUUGGGGUGUGUUCCGAGCCGACAUCGGCGGAUCUCUCGUACCACCUGUUCGUAUAACCCCGGAGGAUAUUACCGCCAUCACUCCGGCAGCCAUCAACGGCACCACUGUAGCAGUGGCAACUAUUCGUCAAAAAUCAAGCUUCAAUGAUGUCCGUGUAGAAGAUCAGUAUCGGCACAUUGAGAUAUUUGAAUAUUCUGCAACUAGUGGAGAAACAGUAUCCAACAUAAAAAUCACUCAAAACACCAGACCAUUGGCUGACCAUUUCAACCCCUUUGUGAUUGAUGUUAUUGGUGAGAAUAAGCGCAUCGGUUACCAUCGUUGCCGUACCAUCAAGAGUCAGGACGGUAUCACAAGGCGGUUCCACAAGCUCAAGUCUGCGGAUCCAGCCAUACAACUGGUUAGGGUUCCUGGAGUGUUUCCAACAUUUUCCGAAGAUGGCUCUAAGCUUGCAUUUGUUGACAAUGAGUUCAAGGCCGUCUGGUUAGCCGAUGCAUCUGGCUUGCGUGUUGUUUACGAUGCGGGCAAACCAAACAGCCUCUUUGCGACGGUUUGGAACCGAAAUCCAGAAAAGGAUACACUGUACGUGUGCGUGGGACCCGCUUUCAGCCCUAAUGACAAACUAGACAUCGCCGCCCUCAUCAACGUGUCCACUACUGAUAAUCCGAAACUUAAAACGCUCACAACAGGAGAUUUCAAUAAUGCCUUCGCGUCCACCAAUAUAGAAGGGACCCAAUUAGUUUAUCGAUCCACAAGAAAUGGAGGGAGUGAAAAAUAUAAGAAUCUAUACAUAAUGGACGCACAAUCAGGGGAAGAUGGGUGUUUAACAAGGCUAACAGAAGGCAAAUGGACAGACACACAUUGCCAAUGGUCCCCAAAUGGAGAUUGGAUAGUGUUCUCUUCAAGCCGUGAAAAUCCUUACGGGGCGGAUCAAUAUAAAAAAGAAAACUUCGACAAUGGUCUCGACCCAGGAUACUUUGCAGUGUAUUUAGUGAAUACAAGCAACCCGUCGGCGGUGGUAAGAGUGGCAGGGAGUGGUUAUGACCUUGCAGGGCAUGUGAACCACCCAUUCUUCAGUCCGGACGGAAAAAGCAUCGUUGUGACAUCGGAUCUUGCCGCAGUUUCUGUGGAUCCCACUUCUCUGCCUCUCUUCGUGCACUCUGUCAGGCCUUAUGGGGAUGUCUUCAUUUUCGAUUUCGACUGCAAUGACAUGAAUCAGGAGGAUUUGAAAACGUUCAAACGAGCCACACAUAGUAGAUUCGAGUAUUCCACUGUUAGUUGGACCAGCAUGUUCCCACCUGUUGACAUGGAUGCACAGUGGAACCUUCAACGCUAUAUAGGCCAGUUCUUCGCUCCCACAUGCCCCUAUGUGCAUCCUGGUGGAGGCGAAAGUUGGCACAUGACUGGCCAACUUUGCAUUGCCAAAAGAGAUUGUUGA